UGGUUUUUCUUCUUCUGCACCUUAAAUAUACGCCCAGAAAAUUCCUCUGGUCACCAAACCAAACCAAAACCGACUCUUUCUUUGAAUUUCUGAAAGGAAACGAUAAGGGUUUCGAGAAAAAUCAUUCCUUUUUGACUUAAAAGACGCGUUUCCACAUUUUUGGCGUUUCUUCUCUGGGUUUGUUUUGUCUCUAGACGAAGACGAUCACGGGUUUUAACAUAUUCGUGUGUACGCGUGUAUCUCCAAUUUUGCGAAUAGGGUUUGAAGUAAUCGUUUUGUUUGUGAGGGUACGAAACGAUUAUCUCGUGUUCUUCUUCACUGGUUUUAAGGAUCUCGUUGUGCUUUCUGAUUGAUCCCAGGUUCUACGACAAUGACUUGCUUUUGACAAAGAAUUUUAUUGAAAAGUGUGGAUGAUGACCAGAUUUUCCAUUUAAAGAGUGGUCCUAUUCUGUUUGUCAUGUGUGUCUUCUUCUUCUUGGUAUUGGAUCUUAUUUAGAAGCCUCAUUUUUCUUCUCUAGAUAACGACUCGCGGGGUUACGCAUAGCAGGUUCCUGGCUUCUCUACUGUCAGGAGGGGCCUUGAGUCUUUGGAGUUACCACAGUAGACAGAACCCCAGUGGGUGACUUUUUGAAAAGUCUUCUUGAUUUAGUGCUGCACAUUUUCGCUGUGGAGCUACAAUCAGAAUAUUAGAGAAGAUAUGGGAAUCUUUUCACGCAGUUCAAUUAGUAGGAAAUCAAAAGAUGGAAUGAAGAUCAUUGCAACGGCAUUUUUUGGAGUAACAUUUGGCUUUCUGAUUGGAAUAUCUUUUCCAUCAUUAUCAAUCACUAAGGUGAGUCUCCCUACAAACUUUCUUCCUUCAAACGAUCUCUCAUAUAUCGAGGAAAAGGGUUCGAAAAUUGCAACUCCAGAAAGUCAUAAAGCUUGGUCAUCAUCAAAGGGUAACGAUAGCAGCUCAUCUACUCCGAUUGACAAAUCAAAGAUCUGGGUACCUUCUAAUCCUCGUGGUGCUGAAAUGUUGCCACCGGGUAUGGUUGCUGCUGAAUCAGACUUCUAUUUGCGCAGAUUAUGGGGUUUACCGCAUGAGGAUUUGAAAAGUGAACCAAGAUACCUCGCAACAUUUACAGUGGGUAUUAAUCAGAAAGCAAAUAUCGAUGCUUGUGUCAAGAAGUUUUCAGAAAACUUCACUAUUGUCCUGUUUCACUAUGACGGCCGGGUAACUGAGUGGGAUGAGUUUGAAUGGUCAAAGACUGCUAUACACAUUAGCGUACGAAAGCAGACAAAAUGGUGGUAUGCAAAGAGGUUUUUGCACCCUGAUAUUGUAGCAAGAUAUGAUUAUAUCUUCGUCUGGGAUGAAGACCUGGGUGUCGAGCAUUUUAACGCAGAAGAGUACGUAAAGAUGGUGAAGAAGCACGGCCUGGAGAUUUCCCAACCUGGCUUGGAACCAAACCAGGGACUAACGUGGCAAAUGACAAAGAGACGAGGAGAUAUGGAAGUUCACAAGAUAACAGAAGAAAGACCUGGAUGGUGCUCAGAUCCUCAUCUCCCUCCAUGUGCUGCAUUCGUAGAGAUCAUGGCUCCUGUAUUUUCAAGAAAUGCCUGGCGAUGCGUGUGGCAUGUGAUCCAGAAUGAUUUGGUACACGGUUGGGGUCUUGACUUUGCACUCAGAAGAUGUGUUGAGCCUGCACAUGAGAAGAUAGGAGUAGUUGAUUCUCAAUGGGUCGUUCAUCAAUCUUUUCCUUCCCUUGGCAACCAAGGUGAGGCGACAGACGGGAAAGCACCAUGGCAAGGGGUGAGGGAUAGAUGCAAAAAGGAAUGGACAAUGUUCCAGAGUAGAAUGGCUAACGCAGAGAAGGAUUAUUUCAAAUCCUUACAAGUAGAAGGCUCCUCAAAUUCAACAGCCACAACCAUUUAAUAGGAGAGUUCUUAAAGUAGCUAGACGCUGACAGAUUCAGUUUUACUAGUGCGUUCUUGCAUUUACAUAUAGAGUCUGUAUAUGUUAAUGUAGUAGAUAUUACCCAUCACUACAAAAUCAUCACCAACCUUCCAUCGAAUAAACAAAAAAAGAUGAAUGUUUUGAACCGCACUUGUGUAUAUCAAACCUGUGCAUCUAGUGGUAUGUGAAGUAUCAAUGUUAAAGAUUGUUGUCGGUCUACUUAAUCUACAAGUAAAUUCUGAAAUGGUGUGGCGUGUUGUGUUUUAUGGAUCAGUGGAGUCACACGUGUCAGUUUC